CGCUUUGAGGGACGCAGAUAGUAGCGAUGCCGUAACAAGCAGCCUGCGAGUGUUGCUGGCUCUGCCUGUGUCCGUAAGGUCCCUGCAGGGCUGGGGAAUGCAGCACCCUGCACUCGCUAUGCCCCUCCGCCGUCUAGCGCUGGAGUUGGCUGUCAGAGAAACCUUCAAGGUCCCCUGCUUAGCCCUGGUAGUGUCAUGAGUUAGAUUAGUUGGAGCUGUGCUGGGGGCGGUGAGGGCUUGGAUUACAGUCCAGAACUCAAAGUGCUUUGGUGGUUCACGUCGGAGGGGAAAGGAGACGCCCCGUCGCACACAUGGAGGAAAAAGAGAAAAAACACUCCCUUUGGAAGUGAGGGGGAAUAAAGGAGGCCGGCAACAUGGACUCGGAGUCCCUGGACGGUUGCAUUCAGAGUACGUUAUCAGCACUCUACCCUCCGUUUGAGGCUACCGCAGCCACUGUUCUGUGCCAAGUUUUUGAUGUGGUGGAGAAGACGUACCGUGGGGAUGGACUGCGCUACCUCAUAGACUUCCUGAUUCCAGCCAAGCACAUCCUGCAGUGCAUUCAGCAGGAUGCCUGUGUUCAGUACUGUGGCUUGCUGUUUCGCCAUGAGGGCUGGCCCCUAUGUAUUCAUGAGAAGAUUGUAGUCCAGCUGGCUUCCAUUGACUGGCGAAUCUUGAAGCCUGGUGACUUCUACCUGCAGGUGGUCCCCUAUCUGAAGAAGUCUCCACGAAUUGUAUUGAAAUGUUUGGCAAAAGACAAGCAUAAUGUAGAGGAAGUUGUGAUUCCAGAAGUUUCUUAUACCUCUAUUUUUACUCUGGAAUGGUUGAGUACUUUCAAUGGAGAGCGAAUGGGUAUAGCACUGGAAAAUUGUUUACUAACCACUGAUGAUGAAAUAUUUCGCAUCCCCUGGGAUAAAGUGGUUAAUCCUGAAUUUAUAAAUAAACCAAAAAUAAUUGAAAACAAUAUAAUCUCUCCAGAAAUAGCAGAGGAACGGUCAAUUUUGUGCCUCCCCAUGGACCAUGCUGAGUGCAGUUCACCAGACCUAGGAUCUCAGUAUCUACAGGAACAAAGUCCAAAUCGAAACAACCUGGUCACUAGUAGCACAGCUCCACAGUUAAGUGAAGCUCUUGUCAAUGGUGUCUGUACAAGUCCUGUGCCUCAAGAAAACUUGAAAAGUGACCUUGAAGGGGAGUAUAUUGAGCUGACCGAAGUUUCAUUGCCCAGGUUUGGGCCACGAACAGGCUCUUUAACCCAAUCACUAGCUUUAAAUUAUCUAACUCAGCCCAGAACACGAGCGAAUGCGUCUAAAGGCAAGCACAGGUUUAUUGUCAUUCAAGACAGUACCUACUCCAAGAACUUAAUUCAGUCAGCACUUAUGCAGAAGGAGCACUGUCAAAUGGACACUCUGAGGACUUCUUCUACGGAAGUUCUCAAAAAUGUAAUUCCGUUGGAAAGCAACAAAAUGAUGGCACAUGGAGAACUGUCUCCAGAAGGUCGGCUGAUAUCAGGUGGUCCUGGAAACAUGGGGAAUAGCUUUCCUAUGGCUGAGUCUCCUGCCUGCAGUGCAGAAGAUUCAUCUGCAGAGCAGGAGACCCGCAGCGAACACUCAAUUGACUGGCGAUACGCACUGUGCAGCUACAGUGACAUGUGUGCUGGAGAUGGUGUCAACUGUAAAGCACAAAUGCCUGGUGCUCCUGGAAACACGGAACAAGAAAGUGAUGGUCCUAGCAGAAGUCCUGGUGUUGAAACAUCAGAGCAGAGCCCAGAAACAAUUCUAGAUGCUACUGCUGCUAAAGAGGAUGUGAUACUGAGAGUACAUGGAGAACCACUGACUGAGGGUCAAAAUGAGGUGACACAGACGGAUGCUUCUCCUGUGUCCGUCCUAGGGCCUUCAGGACCACACUGCAUACUGAAGGAAGGUUCUGAUAUUUCUUGCCAGAGUGUCAGUGAAAGUGGUACACCAGUCCAGGCCACUACAUUGCUUAUCAUGCCUGAGAGUUCAGAUGUAGGUGUGGCAAGAGGCUCUCCUUCAGGGAACAGAGCAGAUGUAGGAGCAAUCGGUGCUUGCUGCAGUGAUCAGGAGGCAAAUCUUAGUUCUCCUUUAAGUCCUCCAGAACAGAACCAAGGAGAAGUAGAUGAAUUUGAGCUGGGAAGAAGGGACAGCCCAGAGGAAGUCAAAGAGAUUGAACAAAUAUUGACUGUAAGUGAGAAUCAGACUAGUCAUAGUCACUGUUCUGUCAAAGCUCCUACAAAUGGUCUCUUGUCAGAUGGUGAAGAGCAAGAGGUCUCUGCCUGUCAGCAUAAGAAACCUGAAGAAGCCAUACUACUCCAAACUGCUUUGUCAGCAGAGGGUGAUCAGAUGGCAGAACAAUUAAAUAACAGUGAUUCUUUGAUGGGCCCUGAUGCGCAAGCAGAAGGCUCAAGUCAAUUCAGAACCCAGAGGUCUGGAGAGAGGUGUGAGGAGCCACAAAGGAGGGUAGAAAACCAGGGCUGUAAAAGUGAAGGGAACUCUGUGUUGAACCUAGAGCAUGUUGCAGUACAGGAAUUGCAGGGAGGGGAGGAGAACCAGGAGAGUUUUUCUUAUGAGGAAAAGUCAAAGACUAUAGCCCUAAAAACACUGGAAUCCAUUGAAGAGGAACUGGAGGUUGGACCACUGUCCUCAGUACCCGCUGAGGGGCAUACAGAGCCCACCACUCUGCACUCCCACAAAGAGGCAGCUUCUGGGGCAUCAUCUCCUAAAGGGAUGGUGUCAGAAGGGGCAGAGACGAGAAAAGAAGCAACUGGUACAGAUGUGUUGAAACCAGUGAGUAAAGUCAGUGCUCUGGAGGAAACCUCAACAGCUAUUACUCCCCUGACAUCCCCAGCUUCUGGGGCUGCCUGGGGUGGUCGGUCUGCACCUACCAUAGUCAAGGAUGUAAAUCCAGAAGUGCUCAGGAGUGGAGUUGCCUGCCUGCCUGGUACCAGAGAUAAAUCAGGACGUGCAGUAGCCAUAAUAACAACAAGGAACACAGCCUGGUUAAACCCACACUGCAAUACCACUGAGCUUGUACGCCUUCUUCUGUACUUGCAUAGCAUCCCAAGACCAGAAUGUCAGGCUUUGGGUCUAACUGUUCUUGUGGAUGCUCGUCGCUGUUCACCGGUUCCUGCUCUCUUCAAGGCGUUCAGCAUAUUGCAGGACAUAGAUCCUCAUUGUAUUCAUGGAGUACUGCUUCUGGUUGAAAGAGAUCCGACGUUUCGGAUGGAGAAGCCACCAGCAGGGCAGUUUGAACUUCUCACCUCCAUGAAAUCCCUCCAUAAGCACAUAGACAGCUCACAGCUGCCUCUAGAACUGGAUGGGACCUUCCCUUACUGCCACCGGGACUGGUUAAGCUUCCGCAUGAAGCUGGAACAUUUGCUACAAGGAUGCCAGGGUGCUUGUGCCUUCCUCCAGGGAGCUAUUCAUAAAGUGGAACACGGAAAAUUACCAGAAAGAGCUGAGGAGGCAGCUGUGCUGCUGAGGAAUUAUAGGCAGUUGAUGAAGAACGUUCUUGAAGACGCACGGCUGGUCAGGCUGCAGCUGGAGGGUGGAGCGCUCCUGGCCAGACUGAGGAAGGAGGAGUCUUGUGUCACCCUCACCCAUGACUACAGAGACGCACUUGAUGCUGCCAGCGUGCUUUAUAAUCGAGUUGAUGAGGGUGUUCACCGACUGGUGAUGCUGUCAAACAAACGCAUCCAGGAACUGGAGCUGGUGAUGGAGUUCGAGAAAGUGGAAGAGUGUUUUAAGGAGGUCAGCAGUUGGAUCGAGAAUGUUGGCAGAAAACGGCUAAAGGAAACGAUCAACCUGGAUGAUUCUUUGGAGAUGCUGCUUCAAGCACAAAAACAGUUCAGGGAGUUUGAUCUUGUUGCCAGUGAAUAUUGCAAAAGAGGGCAGGAAGCACUAAAGAAGAUGGAUCGAUGGGAAGACUUUUCCUCUGUGGAUGUACAUUCUUACAGGGUAAAGCUGCAGACCUACAAAGAUCAACUGGAGGAGUUCUGCACUGAACUGGAUGAAAACAGGCACCAAAUCUGUGAGAUGGUCAGGCUGUAUGAAUUCUUUGACAAGGCAUACGAGUGGGCCUUGGAAGGGAUGCGACACCUUGCCUGCAUCAGCAUGGAGGACUGCAGCUCUGCUGAACACUGUGCAGGUGUGAUCAAGUGCCUGGAGAGUUACAAGGGACAGCACCCAGACAUCAGCGAUGCCCGGUUCCAGGAGAUGAAGGAGCUGGCCUGUGAGCUGAAAAGUGACAAGGGACUCAAGCAGUGGAAAUUUGCAUGGUCCAAAUGCCAGGAGACCAAGCUGGUUUUUGAAAAGAAACUCGAAGCAGCCGUGAGAACAAGGAAGUCCCUGCUGUCAGACCACAAACCAGCUGCUGGGGAGCAGCCCCGGGCUGGCAGUGAGGCUGGCAGUCUGUCCCACCGGAGGCACUCUGAGGGGGCCACCUCCGGGUCUCACUGGGACAGGACUUACAGCGUGUCCCACUGCUACAACAGGCCCAACUGCUCUCUGGGUUGGACUAAGGAGAAAGCUUCCUCGCCCUCCCUGAGCUGCCCUGGUGAUGUCAGUGCUGGGGAAGAAUUUGCCUGCCAAACCGCUCUCAGCCCUGGUCCUCACUUGAGCAGAGUUUCUUUUGCCAGCGGGGCCUCCAAGUCUCCAAAGCUGCCUGAAGAAAAGUCAAACCUGGAGAGCAUAUUGAAAACCCUGGAGGUGAAGCCAUCCUGCACAUCCACUCCAGCCUCUGGGAAGCUGCCUCCCAGGAGGAUGCUCCGGAAGGCCCAAAGCUUUGACCUUCCAUGUGGUGAGAGCCUGUGGUCAGGCUGCCAGAGGACGCUGAGCGAGCCGGCCAGAUACGGCAACACCGGCGUCUUUAUUAAGGGGCUGGAGGUGAGCAGCACUGAGCUGGUGGACAGGACUUUCGCGCUGCGGCAGCAAGCUGCUCACAGCUGGGCUGCAGACUGCCUGCUGGAGGGACAGAGGGGCUGCCUCUCCAUGUUGGAAGCCAAGAGCUGGGGCAGCAAGCUGCGGCACAUCAUUGACGAGAUGGUAACCACGGAACGGGAAUACGUGAGGUCGCUUUGCUACAUCAUCGAUAGCUACUUCCCUGAGAUGGAGCGCCUCGACCUCCCCCAGGACCUGCGUGGGAAACGCAGCGUCAUUUUUGGGAACCUGGAGAAACUCUAUGACUUCCACAGCCAGUACUUCCUGCGAGAGCUCGAGAGCUGCUGCAACCACCCGCUGCGGGUCAGCCACUGCUUCCUCCGACAUAAAGACCAGUUUGGGAUGUACGCAUUGUAUAGCAAGAACAAGCCAAAGUCUGACUCGCUGCUGGCCAGCCAUGGGAAUACCUUCUUCAAGUUCAAGCAGGUGCAGCUUGGAGACAAGAUGGACCUGGCCUCCUACCUGCUGAAACCUAUCCAGCGGAUGAGCAAAUACGCCCUGCUCCUGAAGGACCUGAUCAAGGAGUGCAGUGAGGCACAAGAGCAGGAGCUGGGCUACCUCCGUGCAGCUGAGGAGAUGGUGAAGUUUCAGCUCCGGCACGGAAAUGACCUGCUGGCCAUGGAUGCCAUCCGUGACUGUGAUGUACGUUCCAGUGUCCUCCCCAGCCCAGGGGGGCAGAGCCACACUUCUUCCCCUUCUCUAGACUUGGGGUCUUUGGAUCGUAUGGUGAACCUGAAGGAGCAGGGGCAGCUGGUGCGGCAGGAUGAGUUCACCAUCUGGCUGGGCCGCAGGAAGUGCCAGCGACACGUCUUCCUCUUUGAGGACCUGAUCCUGUUCAGCAAGCCCAAGAGGAUUGAGGGUGGCUUUGAUGUGUAUAUCUACAAGCGCUCCUUCAAGACUGCAGACAUCGGUCUGACAGAGAACUCUGGAGACAGUGGCCUGCGCUUUGAGAUCUGGUUCCGAAGGCGGAAGUCCAGUGACACCUACAUCCUCCAGGCCAGCUCAGCUGAGACUAAGCAGGCCUGGACCAGUGACAUUGCCAAGAUCCUGUGGCAGCAGGCAGCCCGCAAUAAAGGUGUGAUUCCUUCCCGGGGCGUCUGUGCCGCAAAAGAAAUCCGUAUGCAGGAGAUGGUCUCCAUGGGUGUGGGCAACAAGCCAUUCCUGGAUAUCAAACCCAGCGAGGCAGCUAUCAAUGACCGUGCUAUCGAUUACAUCAUGAAAGGAAGAGGCGCCAGGACCAGAGCAUCAAUUGCGGUGUCUCUGUUUGACCAUUCCAACCCGUACAAGAGGACACAAGCGCAGCUCUCCGCUGGCAGCACCCCUGCUGCAUACAGCCCUUCCUCCUCUUCCCUGCUGGGGCCCCUCAACCUCCACAUGUACCUGGACCAGGCUCUGCUGCCAGGCGUCCUGGCCCCGAGCCGCCCCUUUGACAUCGGCACCUGCAUCGAGGAAGACGAGCUGGAGCACGAGACGAGCAGCCAGCCAUCACUGACAACAGAGAGCUCGGAGUCAUCGCACUGCAUGUCAGGCAGUGGCUCCAGUGGCUCCGACAGUGGCUGUGUCUCCAGCAUCCCACAAGAAAGCUUCUGUGAAGAUGUGGGCUCACCCCCCUACACGCCCCUCGGCUCACAACACAGCUCUGCAAUGGAGGAGAAACCCAGGUUCACAAACAGCCAGUACAUUUCUGCCGUAAGUGCAAGUGGCCAAAAUACUCUCUUCGCUUUGCCUGUUCCUGCAACUGCCUCCCCGGUUCAAGCCGCUGCCUCUCAUGGGGGGACUGAAGAUGCUGCUUUUGGGCUAGGGGUCACUGUGGGAAGUGACUUUUCCUCUUGCAGAGACUCGCUUCCUCUGGGGCAGGCAAAAGCCCCUCUGCUCUGAGAGCCUCCCCUGUGGUGGCCAAGACCCCCGAGGAGAUGCUCUGGAAAGGACCUGCAGUGCUGGAGGAUACACCAGGAGGGGAUGCUGCACACACAGGAGCUAUAAUGCUGUCAUGGGCUGGGGUACAUACAUAACCUCCUGGGAUGGAUGGAGCUCUGCUGCAGAUGCUGCUAAGCUCCUUUUCUGGGAGGUUUGGGCGCCUGUCGCUCUGAGAUUGCAGUGUGUCUCCUCUUAAUGUUCCUGAGAGUUCUCGGCUGCUUCCCUUCCCACUAGAUCGUGUCCUGAUGCUGUUGUACUCUAACCCUGUACUAAUGCUGGCUUCUCUUCUCCACAGAAAGCAGGCCAGGUCGCCAUAAGUCCCUCGACAAUAGUGUGAGCCCCUCUGCACACGUAUACUGCCUAAGGAAGUGGAGUUGCUGUAAGUAGCCCCUGAAGGGGAUUUUCCAGCAGCUCUGAGUGCUCGUCAGGUUUGUCAGUAGCUCUGAGUCAGAAGGGCCUCACCCUCUGGUUCUCGAUGAGAAGUUUUCCACAUGAUUUUCUGACCAGUCUCUGGGGCUCUGAUUCAUCUGCUUAGAGGAGACCAGAUCCCACAGAGACAGCUCCCAUAGAGCCAUUGCCUUCCACAGCCAGUCUGACGCCUCCCUGGUUUGAAGAAGCAGAAGCAAAACAAGCCAAGUCACUUUCAGGUAGCAGAGGCUCGAGCACCACCUAGUCAUCGGUGUUCAGAUGAGCUUCUUUCCUCUGAAUGCUGCCCAGCUGUCUAACCACUAAUCUGUUUCUUGUAGCUGUUUGCCGAAAUCCUGCUCUCUGUUAGUCCCUUUGAACUGCCUUGGGGAAUCCACAGUAUUCUCCCUCCGCUGAAUUUAUCCCACAGUUUCCUUUGAACCUCCAAAGGAAACUGCACAUCACCAGGCAGAGGAACCUGCUAGGUGAUGGUCAGGAUGUCCCGAGGGAGCUGGAGGAUGCCUUGUCUGCAAGGAAAUUGCUGUUGAACUGAGGAGGGGUGAGCCCUGGCAAGACUCGCAGCCAAGCGGGGCUUCCUAUGUGUGGGUGGCAGCCCUUGGGAAGUCAUGUCACGGCCCACCCAAACUGGCCUGCUUCUGGCUCAGCUUUUUCCUCUCUGGCCUUAGGCCUGAGCCUCCCUUUCCCCAGGGAGCAAAGGGGUAGGAACGUGAGAGAGGCAGGACUAGGGCUUGAAGAGUCAAGGCCCAGGGUGGUAGGUGGCUCAUGGGUUUGGCACUGUGGGGGUGUUAACAAGCAUGUGGGCCCACGGCUUGUGAUCUGCAGGUACAGGAGUUCAUAACCAGCUAAACGGCACCAGCCAAGGUUAAAAUUUAAGAUCCAGAGCCCCUUCUGGCAGGGGGGGGACAGUCAGAGACAAGACUUACUGAAGUGGGCACAGAAGCAGUGGGUUUUGCUGGCCCGCUGCUGCUGGGACAGCAGCACGUAGCCUUUGGGUGAGUCCUGAGGUGCAGAGGCAGCCCUCCGCAUGGGGGAAGAGCUGCGCUUCUCCUGCGAGGCUCUUCCAGUAAAAUGUUCUUUCCCCACCAAAAUGCAGCUCUGACAAACGGUGGUUUUCAAGCCUUUUGCAAAAUCACUGCUGGCCAGGACAGAACGACCUGCCAUGUCACAGGAGUGCAGCCAGUCUAACCCAUUGCACGGUGCUGUGUUCCAGGUUUGAUUGCCAUUUCAAACUUCCUGAAGACCCCAGGCCUCUGACCAGCAGAAGGAGACAGUCUUCACCCAUGAAGAUAGAGAUAUAUAUAUAU